UUAGAGAGAGAGAGAGAGAGAGGGGAAAGGUGGUGAGGCUGUGGAGGGGUGAGAGGGAUUUGUGUUGUCUCUUUCUCGCGAAUUCUUCCUUUCUCUGUGUUGAAAACUUGAACGCGGAGGGGAGAGAGGGAGAGAGAGAGAGAUAGAGAAAUCGAGUUUCCUUUCUCUCUCUUCUUUGUUGAAUUUCUGUGUUUUAGAGAGAGAGAGAAAGGAAAUCUGUAGGUUUUUGGCGUCUUGUUUGUGGAAUCUCCAUAAUGAAUGUGAUGCGUCGGCUCAAGAGCAUUGCCUCUGGCCGCUCCUCCGUUUCUUCAGACCCCGGUGGGGAUUCUAGCAUAAAGAGGGUGAAGGUUGAGCAAGAGGCAGACAGGAGGGUAACUGAUGAGUUACAAUCAAUGGAGAAAUGUAUCACAGGCCCAGACCGUCUUUUAACUUCUACAUCUCAGGAAAUGGCUGCAAGCACAUCCAGCGUGUCUUCUCUAGCUAAACCUGUAAAAUCUGGCUAUGAUGAGCUUCCCAAAGGAAUGCACGAAAUGAAGAUUAGAGACGAUUCUGACGAAGGCAUGAAGGAUAUGGAGCCUACUGUUGUUAAUGGGCAUGGAACAGAAACAGGCCAGAUUAUUACGACCACCAUAGGUGGUCGAAAUGGACAACAAAAACAGACGAUGUCUUACAUGGCAGAGCGCGUAGUUGGCACAGGUUCAUUUGGUGUUGUCUUUCAGGCAAAAUGCUUGGAAACUGGUGAAGCUGUUGCUAUAAAGAAGGUGCUACAGGAUAGAAGAUACAAGAAUAGAGAACUCCAGAUUAUGCGGUUACUUAAUCAUCCAAAUGUUGUUCAACUGAAGCAUUGUUUCUUCUCCACCACUGAAAAGGAUGAAGUAUACCUCAACCUUGUCCUAGAGUAUGUAUCUGAAACCGUCUACCGAGUUUCAAGGCACUAUAGCAGGAUGAACCAGAACAUGCCCAUUUUACAUGUGCAACUUUACACAUAUCAGAUAUGCCGUGCUCUAAAUUAUAUACACAAUGUGAUUGGUGUAUGUCAUCGUGAUAUUAAACCGCAGAACCUAUUGGUCAAUCCCCAUACUCAUCAACUAAAGCUCUGUGAUUUUGGGAGUGCAAAGAUGUUGGUCCCUGGUGAACCCAAUAUAUCAUAUAUCUGCUCACGGUAUUAUAGAGCUCCAGAACUGAUCUUCGGGGCUACUGAAUAUACAACUGCAAUUGAUAUGUGGUCUGCUGGUUGUGUUCUGGCUGAGCUACUUCUGGGACAGCCUCUGUUUCCCGGGGAAAGCGGUGUUGAUCAGCUGGUUGAAAUUAUUAAGAUUUUGGGGACACCCACCAGAGAGGAAAUCAAGUGUAUGAAUCCAAAUUAUAGUGAAUUCAAAUUUCCUCAGAUAAAAACUCAUCCAUGGCACAAGGUAUUUUACAAGCGAAUGCCACCUGAAGCAGUGGAUCUUGUAUCAAGGCUGCUCCAGUAUUCACCAAAUCUGCGGUGCACUGCUUUGGAUGCAUGUGCACACCCUUUCUUUGACGAUCUAAGGGCCCCAAAUGCAUGUUUGCCGAGUGGCCAACCCCUUCCUCCUCUAUUCGACUUCACACCUCAAGAGCUGGCUGGUGCAUCUCCUGAAUUGCGUCAACGUCUCAUUCCAGAGCAUGCAAACAAAUAAUUUUGUUAGCAGCAGCCGUGUCUGUAGGCGUUUUAAAUGGGUUUUUGGAUGCUUAGCUGCCCAUACAAUGCACGCAACCUUUCACCAGCAGUAGAGGCACCAUUUUUUGGCCUUCUAUGGAUUGUUUGUGUAGAAAAUACUGCCUAAAGGCCAGGGGAAGGUGCAAUUCGCUCAUAGAAGUGACUGUUGCUGAAGGAUAUGCCGGCAGAAUUAUAAGGUGCUCGCACACAUUCCUUUCUGCUUCGGUUGUUGUAGAUGAGUUUCACAAAUUUGUUAUUGGUUUAGCUCUGUUUCUGGUUUGUGGACAUGCUAUGCUUACAAACUAGCUGUCGAUAGAUUGGAUACAAUUAUCUGAGUGUAUACUGAUUUACUCACUCUUGGUUUUUCAAUCGGAUUUAUGUCCUGU